AUGGAGGAAGCUGAGGGUAGCUCGAAAAAGCUCGAUCUGCUGUUCAAACUCGCGAAAACACAGAGCGAAUGUCCGAAUGAAGACAAAAGGCAGGGAGAACAAGAAGGAGGAGGAAGAGGGGAGGACGAGGACGAGGUUAUGGAGCUGAGCCUGGGGCUGUCGACGAACGGGAGGUUCGGGGUGGACCCCACGAGGAGCAAGAAGCUCAAGCGCGCCUCCUCCAUAGCGGACGCGGCGGCCUUCGCGGUGGGGACCGGCGCUCGCGUCGCGGGGACCGAGGCGCACGCGCCGCCGCUGUCGAGGACGCGGUCCCUCCCGGUGGAGACGGAGGAGGAGUGGCGCCGGCGGAAGGAGCUGCAGUCGAUCAGGCGGAUGGAGGCGAGGAAGAAGAGGAUGGAGAAGAUGAAAAAUCUGAGGCUGCCGAGGGACGCUAAUGGCGGGAAAAACGGGCUGCAGCAUGAGCCCGUUAAUGGAGAUUCGAUUGGUCAAAGGUUGUUAGGGAAUGGGGUUUUGAGAAGGUUUGAGAAUAGAGAGGUUGUCGAGUCGUCAUCUCAAGGGUCCGCCGGGCCGAUGAGAAGCGGAUCAUCUGCCUCCUCUGAUCUAAUUGAAGGCCGAAAACAAAAUGCCGAGGUUUCGCCUUCCAGCAAGCAGAGUUCAAACGGGCCUGGGCCUGGGCCUGAGCCUGAACCAAUGGGCCGGGCCUCUGAGACAGAAGCAAAAGGGGCCACCACCAGCCAACAACUUAAGAACACGAUGCGCGACAUGCCGUAUGUCACCACUAAAGAAACCGGGCCCAAUGGCCGCAGAGUAGAAGGAUUCUUGUACGGUUACAAAAAGGGCGAGGAUGUAAGAAUCAUGUGCGUUUGUCAUGGCAUUUUUCUCACGCCCAAGGAAUUUGUCGAGCAUGGUGGUGUUCGGGGUGCUGACGUGGAGCACCCGUUGAAGCACAUUGUUGUUAACCCUUUCCCCCUCUUAUGA